UUAAGACCCAGCUAGCUGCUCGUGCAUGCGGUUUCUUCGGUGUGGUGUGACACCGAGCAGACACCGAGCAGGGAGGUGAGGUGAGGUGGUACCUGAUAGUUACCGGAUUAUCAAAGAUUAACAGCCUGCCAGUGCAGCACCGUCGGGCAGAUCCAGGACCAGCUUUUUUGGCUUCUCUUUUCACCAUGGCUGAGACUAAGGGGAAAUUCGACUUUGCCAUCGACCGGGGUGGCACCUUCACCGAUGUGUUUGCCCGGCUGCCCGAUGGUCGCGAGAGAGUCCUGAAACUUCUGUCUCGAGACCCCCAGAACUACAAAGACGCUCCCACUGAGGGGAUCCGCAGAGUCCUGGAAGAGGAGACAGGGCAGGUCUUUCCUCGUGACGAGCCUGUAGACACAUCACUAAUUGGCUGGAUCAGAAUGGGCACCACAGUGGCAACCAACGCUUUGCUGGAGAGAGAAGGAGAAAGGACUGCGCUCCUGGUCACAAAGGGCUUUAAGGACUUGUUGCACAUUGGCACACAGGCCAGGCCAAAGCUCUUUGAUUUGGAGGUUGCAGUGCCUGAAGUGCUAUAUGAAGAGGUAAUAGAGGUGGAUGAGCGAGUCGUUCUAACACAAGAUGGCUGCCAGCUGCCCAGGAAAGAUCCCAAACGUAUUGUCACAGGCAGUACAGGGGAUUCCCUGGAGGUGUGGAGGGAGCUGGACCUGGAGCGUGUGGAAAAAGACCUGAGAGGAGUUCUGUCCCGCGGGAUCACCAGUCUGGCUGUCCUUCUGCUGCACUCAUACACAUGGUCUGAUCAUGAGAAAGCAGUCGGGGCCCUGGCGCGUCGCCUGGGCUUCACCCAAGUGUCUCUGUCCAGCGAGGUCAUGCCCAUGGUGCGGGCAGUGCCCCGGGGCUACACCGUCUGUGCUGACGCCUACCUGACGCCCAAAAUUCAACAGUAUUUAAGAGGCUUCACCUCUGGCUUCAAGGGUGCCCUGAAGGAUGUGGACGUGUUGUUCAUGCAGUCAGAUGGAGGUCUGACUCCGAUGGAACAGUUCUGCGGGUCGCGGGCCGUUCUGUCUGGCCCAGCGGGGGGUGUGGUGGGAUAUGCAAUCACCUCCUACAGCCAGAUGGAGAAAAAACCUGUGAUUGGCUUUGACAUGGGCGGAACCUCUACAGAUGUGAGUCGAUAUGCCGGCCAGUAUGAGCAUGUGUUUGAGGCCACCACAGCUGGAGUCACCCUGCAGGCACCUCAGCUGGACAUCAACACUGUGGCUGCAGGAGGAGGGUCACGACUCUUCUUCAGAUCAGGGAUGUUUGUGGUUGGACCAGAGUCUGCAGGUGCACAUCCAGGACCAGCGUGCUACCGAAAAGGUGGCCCCCUGACAGUGACGGAUGCUAACUUAGCCCUGGGGCGACUCCUCCCUUCCUUCUUCCCUAAGAUCUUUGGGCCCGGUGAGAACGAACCACUGUCCUUGGAGGAGACCAUGAAGAAUUUCCGUCAUCUCACCCAAGAGAUUAACCUCUUCUUGUCUUCUAACCAGUCACAGGUUAGUGCAAAUGGGGCCAACCACUCACACAACAGCAUGUUGCCAAACAGCCAGUCAGAGAUGAGCGUGGAGGAGGUUGCAAUGGGAUUCAUUCGUGUCGCUAAUGAGGCCAUGUGUCGGCCAAUCAGAGCGCUGACACAGGCCAAGGGCCAUGAUACAUCUCAGCAUGUGUUAGCAUGUUUCGGAGGUGCAGGUGGCCAACAUGCUUGUGCUAUAGCUCGAGCCCUGGGGAUGAAGACUGUCUUUAUACAUAAGUACAGUGGCGUGCUGUCAGCCUAUGGUUUGGCUCUAGCUGAUGUGGUGGAGGAGGUGCAGGAGCCAUGCUCGCUGCAGUAUGACCAGCACAGUUUCAGUGAGCUUGACCGGAGGGUGGAGCAGCUCUCAAAACGCUGCCACGACACCCUCUGUGGACGUGGCUUCACCAGCGGUCAGAUAACCACUGAGGUUUUCCUCCACCUGCGUUACGAGGGCACAGACUGUGCACUCAUGGUUACUGCUGCCGGUUACCCAAGCAACGCCCAGUCCUGUCAAGCUGGAGACUUCCGCGGUGCAUUCACCAGACGUUAUUUGAAGGAAUUUGGAUUCACCAUCCCAGACAGACCCAUCGUGGUUGAUGACAUCAGAGUGAGGGGUUGUGGAAAAUCUGGUAUCAAAUCAGUGUAUAAAACAAAGACAGGACACGGACAGGCCAAACCAGUCACGAUGACCAAGUGUUACUUUGAGGGAGGUUACCUGGACACCAGUGUGUAUCUAUGGGAGGAGCUACCAUGUGGUCACAGCAUCCAGGGACCAGCUAUCAUCAUUGAUAAGAACAGCACCAUUCUGGUGGAGCCAUGCUGUGAGGCCCAUCUGACAGAGGAGGGCGAUGUUUGCAUGACUGUCGGCUCCGGGCCUCACUGCGCCCUCGGCACCGAGCUCAACACCGUGCAGCUCUCCAUCUUCUCCCACCGCUUCAUGAGCAUAGCAGAGCAGAUGGGCAGAGUUCUCCAAAGAACCUCCAUCUCCACCAACAUCAAGGAACGUCUCGACUUCUCCUGUGCUGUGUUUGGACCAGACGGCGGUCUGGUGUCCAACGCGCCUCACAUCCCUGUCCACCUGGGUGCCAUGCAAGAGACUGUCCAGUACCAGAUGAGAUCACUGGGGAACAAACUGAGAGAGGGGGAUGUGAUUCUGAGCAACCACCCGUGUGCUGGGGGCAGCCACCUUCCAGACCUCACAGUCAUCACCCCAGUGUUUAGAGAAGGGGUGAGCAGGCCAGUGUUCUUUGUAGCCAGCAGGGGGCACCACGCCGACAUUGGAGGAAUCACUCCAGGCUCCAUGCCCCCCCAUUCCACCUCCCUGCAGCAGGAGGGUGCUGUCUUCACUUCCUUCAAACUUGUCACUGGUGGGGUCUUCCAAGAAGAGGCUGUAACUGAAGCCCUGAUGGCUCCGGCCCAGUACCCAGACUGCUCUGGGACUCGUAAUCUCCAUGACAACCUGUCAGACCUGCGGGCUCAGGUGGCGGCCAAUCAGAGAGGCAGCCAGCUGGUGGGGGAGCUGAUUGACAGUUACGGACUGGCUGUGGUCCAGGCCUACAUGGGCUACAUUCAGAGUAAUGCAGAGCUGGCAGUGAGGGACAUGCUGAGGGACUUUGCACGUCGUCGACGGCAACAGACUGGCUCCUUGGAGGUGGAGUCAGAGGAUUUCAUGGAUGAUGGGACGCCAAUUAGACUGCGGGUCCAGAUUAAUGAAGAAAAAGGCAGUGCAGUGUUUGACUUCACAGGCACUGGGACAGAAGUGUGGGGGAACUGCAAUGCCCCACGGGCCAUCACCCUCUCUGCCCUCAUCUACUGCCUGCGCUGCAUGGUCGGACAGGACAUCCCCCUCAAUCAGGGUUGUCUCGCACCGAUUAAAGUCAUCAUUCCCCCUGGCUCAAUCCUCCAGCCUUCCCAGAAUGCAGCUGUGGUUGGAGGAAACGUUCUCACAUCCCAGAGAGUGGUCGACGUCAUCUUUAGGGCGUUUGAGGUGUGCGCUGCCUCACAGGGCUGCAUGAACAACAUCUCAUUUGGCAGUGAGAGGAUCGGUUACUACGAAACAGUUGCCGGGGGAGCAGGGGCGGGGCCAGGCUGGAAUGGGCGGAGUGGAGUUCACAGUCACAUGACCAACACUCGCAUCACUGACCCUGAGAUUCUGGAGAAGAGGUAUCCAGUGAUUUUAGAGCAGUUCUCUCUGCGGCCUGGCUCUGGAGGUGCAGGGAAAUUCCACGGUGGAGACGGUGUGAUCCGCAAACUUUUGUUCAGGAACAAGGUGGUUCUGUCUGUACUGACAGAGAGGCGGGCCACUUGCCCCUACGGCCUCCAGGGGGGGGAGAAUGGUGAAGCAGGGCUGAACCUGCUCCACAGGGCCGAUGGCAGAGUCCUCAACCUGGGAGCCAAAACCAGCAUCAGCCUUCAGCCCGGGGACAUGUUCUGCCUCUACACCCCUGGAGGAGGAGGCUAUGGAAGGGAGAAGGAAACGACCAGUAGACCUCAGACCAAGCGCAGGCGCUUGAACGAGACUUUCCUCGAGAGGGGCAGCGUGUUCGAGUACCGGAUGGCUCAGGAGGGAGUGUGAGAAGAAAUGAGAACGCAAGAGAGAGUUAACAGGCAAGGCCAGAGGAGAGGUGGGACACAGAUGGGGAAAUGACAGGAACACAAGCACAGUGAUAGAUGGAUAAAGAUGGCAAGAUUCUGGCAAAAUGAGCAAAGUAAAUGGUGGUAACUGGUCUCACAUCAUACUGUGACAAAUAAAGCCCUAGACGUAGGCUAGCAGCAUUUUACCUGUUUCAACUCGUACUAACCGCCAGUCAGAACCACUAGGACAGAACAGUUUUCCAGUAACACUUUUACUGUAUCUGUGUGCUAACAGAUAUUUUGCAGACACUGGACAUACAGAAAUGUCAUAUAGUUUUAGGGUUUCUGAAAACACCAUGCUUACAUUAGCAGUGAAUAUUUACAGCUCAGGUUAAGAUUAAAAUUGUCCCCAGCAAAACUACACUAUAUAUGACUCAGCCAAGUUUAACAUUCCACUUGUUCUGAAUCUUUUUCUUACAGUAGCCUUAAGUAUGUUUAGUAGUCCUAUUUUGAUAAUACAUAUUACAGCAUAUAUUUCCAAGAACUAAUACUUUAUGGAGACAGCAAAUUUGCCAUUGUAAGUAAGAUAUAGUUUAUUUUUGCCUACUGAAAUGUUUCCCAAUUUUUACAUGAAUUCCAGCCUAACUGGAAGAUAAAACAAACCUGUUUAAAUUAGAGUAACCACUUAUCUAACAGCACAACAGUUAACAGCACCUCUGUUACUUUAACAGAACAGACAAAUAAACCCCAUUUCUACUGAUGA